GCAGUACUGCUUGGAUUGUUCUAACCUGCCGUAAAUAGUUCACACGAAGAAGAAGAACCCCCAUGCACCCUAUAGCUAGUACCGCACCGUUUGUAAACAAAGUGUGAGCUCAGCCUGAACAUUGGACGUACCGUAUUCUGCUUGUCGUUUCACUGCACAGCUGGUAAACAGGUGGUGAGCUGCUUUGCCGGAGAGAUGGUGCAGCUGCAUGUGAAGCGAGGAGAUGAGAGCCAGUUUGUGUUCAGCACCAGUGUGGACGCAACUCUGGAGACGCUGAUCCAGCAGAUCACAGCCAUCUACAACGGGAGACUCAAAGUGGACAGGAUAUGUGCAGAGAUCCCAGAGCUGGCAGACCAUGGCAUCACGCUGCCACCCAACAUGCAGGGGCUGACAGAUGAGCAGAUUGUGGAGCUGAAACUGAAGGAUGAAUGGGAGGACAAGUGUGUACCCAGCGGAGGGCCGGUAUUUAGAAAGGAUGAGAUUGGGAGGAGGAACGGACACGCUCCAAAUGACAAGAUGAAAGAGGUGUUGAUGAGAACCGUGGAGGAUGCAAAGGCACUGAUCUCCAAAAAACAAGUUCAGGCUAAUGUUUGUGUCACCAUGGAGACGGUUAAGGACGCUCUGGAUCCACUAAGGGGUGCAGUCAUGAUCGUGUACCCCAUGGGGCUGCCUCCUCAUGACCCUAUCAGGAUGGAGUUUGAGGACCGGGAAGACCUAUCAGGAACACAGGCAUCUCUGCAGGUGAUCACAGAGGACGAGUGCCAGCUAUGGUGGGCUGCCAAAGAGAUGCAGAGGGGGAAAAAACUGCAGGACUACAUCGGCAAAAACGAAAAGACGAAGCUUGUGGUCAAAAUCCAAAAGAAAGGGCAGGGGCCGCCAGCAAGAGAGCCUCUGAUCACCGACGAGCAGCAGAAACAGAUGAUGAUGCAUCAAUACAGGAGGCAGGAGGAGCUCAAGAAACUGGAGGAGGCGGACGACGAUAGCCACCUGGACUCAGAUUGGUCAGACAGACAGGCCCUCAGAAAACAGUUUCAAGGCCUCUCCAACAUCAAAUGGGGACCGAGAUAAAGACCGCUACCACUCAGAUUUCCACCUUAAAGUUGCUGAUCUGAUCUUUACAUCUCUAUAUGCAACUGACUAAGAUGCCUUAUUAUCACAAAUCCUUAAAUCAGUUUGUUGUUGUUGUUCAGUGUGAUGUUUGACGUCUUCCAGAGAAUACCAUACACAGCAGAUGUGUUCGUAGUAAGUGUAUAUCUACUGUAUUUUUUUAACUGGACUGAAAUGUGAAGAAGACAUCUGGAGACACUGUGUGACAGAACAGGUAAUCAUGUCCACAUGUUGGCCAAUGUCAUUAUAAACCUGAUUUAUUUGAACUUAAAUCUGAUGCCUGUAUUUCUUUCCUUUACCGAUUGUUUUCAACCUGUUGUAAAGUUUUUAUUGAAGCUGUGCAAACAAUUAAAUUUAAGUUUAUUAUUGUACAUUU